GCCUGUAAGCAUUUCCUUUUCCCAAUUAAGCAGCAGCCAUGCCAGCACUGGGACUGGGACUGGGACGCAAGGUGAAGCGGAAGGACGCUCACUACCGUCUAAAUGUGCCGCCGCCACCUCAGCCGCAGGGCCAGAGUCACGUUCACCAGGGGCAACAGAGCCACCAGAGUCACCAGCAACAGCAAGCCUCUCAGAUAGACCACGAAGUGCCGCCUUAUUCAUUCGAAGCCAUUAACCACGACGAGUUUGAGCCAGCCCCAGGUCCGCAUCUGAAUGGACAGCAGCACUCGCAGCAUUACGAAAAUUCCGACUACACUGUACACAACCUGCAAGGCGGCGGCGGUGGCGGUGGCGGAUAUCUGGUGGAUAAUGGACUGCGCAGCAUUGCCAAGGGAUCGGCGGAUACAGCCAACUCGGCAGUGGCCAGUCAGAAUGCGGCCGGGAAGCAGGCAUCGUACGUGGCCAAGAGUACUCUGGCCCAGGCAGCGGCACAGGCAGCCGGCACAGCCGUCGCUGUGCUCAAGGGCAAGGAGGUGCUCCUGCACCGACUGGAGGAUCAGAGCGUGGAGGCGCACAAGGCAUUGGAGAACGAGCUGACGCAGCUGCAGCAGGCCAAGCGAUCGGCGAAGGCUGCUCAAUAUGCGGCCCAGCAGGCCAUCAACCAUGUGAGCGUCCUCACGGCGGCACUGAACAAUGCCCAAUCCGCAUCGGAGCUCGCCCAAAAGUCCGCGUCCGAGGCAGCCGCUGAAUUGGCCUCCCAAAUCGAUAUGGUGGCGCAGGCCAAGACCAAACUGGAGCAAGCCGAGUCGCACGCCUACGCUGCCCGCUUGGACUAUGAGGAGACUCGCGAUUCGGCGGAGAAGGCCACGCUGUCCGCGCAGGAGGCGCAGAUCAAUGCCAACGAUGCUGCUGUGCACGCCAAUGUGGAGCUAAGUGAAGCGGUUUACAUUCAUGAUAAAAGCGAUCGCAAUGUGGUUGAACCGGCACCGGCAUCGGCCCCGUCCCUGGCUCGACGUCGUAGACGACCGUAAUACA